AAAGCGCGGGUUGGCGGGAGUUGGGCGGCUGGCGCGGGGGUAGGUCCUUUCCCCUGGGCCUUCAGGGUCGGUUACCGCGGGGGAUGCCUCAGGGUGACCAGCUAUGCAGGCGUUUCUGAAAGGCCCGUCCUCCGUCAGCACCAAAGCGCCCGCAUCCAAGGAGCGAGGGGCGGCGGCCGCAGGAGGCAGCGGCGAGGGCAGGAAACUCAAACCCAUCCCUUGGGUGGAGAAAUAUCGUCCGAAGUGUGUGGAUGAAGUUGCAUUCCAAGAGGAAGUUGUUGCUGUGCUGAAAAAAUCCUUAGAGGGAGCUGAUCUUCCCAAUCUCUUGUUUUAUGGCCCACCUGGAACAGGAAAGACUUCUACUAUUUUGGCAUUAGCCAGAGAACUCUAUGGACCCGAAUUGUUCCGACAGAGAGUUCUUGAGUUAAAUGCUUCUGAUGAACGUGGAAUACAAGUGAUUCGAGAGAAAGUGAAGACAUUUGCUCAGCUAACUGUGUCUGGAAGUCAUUCAGAUGGUAAGGUUUAUCCUCCUUUUAAGAUUGUGAUCCUGGAUGAAGCAGACUCCAUGACUUCAGCCGCCCAGGCAGCCUUGAGACGCACUAUGGAGAAAGAAUCUAAAACUACACGCUUCUGCCUUAUUUGUAAUUACAUCAGCAGGAUAAUUGAACCCUUAACAUCUCGAUGCUCCAAAUUCCGUUUCAAGCCCCUGACUGAUAAAAUCCAACAGCAGAGACUAUGGGCUGUUUCUGAAAAGGAAAAUGUGAAAGUUAGCAAUGAGGCAAUAUCUUGUCUUGUUCAAGUGUCAGAAGGAGACUUAAGAAAAGCAAUCACAUUUCUUCAAAGUGCUACUCGAUUAACAGGUGGGAAAGAGAUCACCGAGAAGGUUGUCACCGAAAUUGCCGGGGUUGUCCCUAAGGAAACAAUUGAUGGACUGCUGUCUGCCUGUCAAAGUGGCUCUUUUGAAAAACUGGAAACUGUAGCAAAGAAUCUGAUAAAUGAAGGGUAUGCUGCUGCUCAGCUUGUAAACCAGCUUCAUGAUGAUAUUGUUGAGAGAGAGGAUCUCACUGACAAGCAGAAAUCUGUUAUUGCAGAGAAGCUGGCUGAGGUAGACAAAUGCUUGACAGAUGGUGCAGAUGAGUACUUGCAAUUGAUCAGUCUCUGCGCUGUUGUGAUGCAGCAGCUAACUCAGAAUGGCUAGUUCUUCAGGGAGAAAUUGUGCCAGCUGAAUUUCUCAGUUCUGAUCUUCAGAUUGCUUUGAUGUUACUGCUCUCUCAAAACUGCAAUCUAUACAUGUAUUUUUGUGGUUUUGUAGUAGUAACAGACUGCCAAACAACUGAAAUUCAUUCUAGGAAAAGAACACUUGCUAUUUCGACACAAUCAAUGCUUCGCACUUGUACCUACACCUCACAAUUCAGAGGGCUUGAAAGAAACAGCUGGAUGAAGAAUGAGCAGGGGCUGGAUGCCACUAAUUGAGUUCUAAUACUUGCUGUCAUCUCCUAGUGGUGAGGGUCUUGGAAAUUUAAAAAAAAAAACCUUUCAAAAUAUGUUGUGUGGAGUGUUUGUACAGUGUUUGGAAAAUGGUUAGAAAUCUGCACUUUGAUGCACUAUCAUAGCAGCUAAAGAUGCUGUAGCGUAUUAAUUACAUCAGUCACUUCAUUAUACACUUGAUUGGUGGGGUGCUGGUCUGACACACCACUAUGCAAACUCCUUAACUGUUAAACUGUUUACCAGCAGUGACAGAAACAAAAGUCUUAAAUGCGAUAAUGUUUAGUUUUAACCUGUAUUGAGAAGACAACUGCCCCUUCUGUUUUUAAACAAAUCUGUUGUGUGUGGGUGUAAAAACCCUGCACCCUAGGGGAAGGAGUUGUCAGAGAAAAACGAAGUUCUCACUUUUUCUUUGGGUGCAGCAAAGUCAGAUACUUUAUUCUGUUUAGCAGCUACUGCAGGGAGAGAGUGCACUAGGACAUAGGGU